ACGUCAUCGCAGCAUUGAAGUGAACCUAUGAGAGGGAACCGAGGUUACGUAUGUAACCGGAGACGUUAUAACAUGUCGGGAAGUUUUACCGCUGAGGAAAGCGAGUGUGAAUCGAAACAGAAAGUUAAAGAACGCUGGUUUAAAUACCGACGCGGAACUCUGAGACUACCGGUCAGACCGGUCAGACCGACAAGAGAGAGAGUAGAAGACAUCAAUCUGACAGCAUCUGUAACUGCAUUAAAAACCUUUGGACAGAAGCAAAAUGUCUGGAGACACUGAAAUAGAGAAAAAGAUUUGUGACUUCUUGAGGCGAAACGGCAAAAGCAACGCGUUGAAAAUUGCGGAAGAAAUCGGACUAGAUGAAUGCAUCGUGAACAAACAUUUGUACAGCCUACAGAAAUCAAAUCAAGUGUCAGGAACUAACGAGACGCCUCCAGUUUGGGAUCUUCUGGAGAAGACGAGUGAGAUCAAAGAGACACUCAGACUAGAGCAAAAGCCUCAGACGACAAGAGACACAAGUGAGGAGAAACCUGUGGAGGAUCUGCUGAGAUCAGGAGCUUUGAAAGCCCAUCAGAUCGCCAGAGAACUGGGACAGUCGAGACAAGGCCUCAAGGUGUGGACUCAGAAUAAGGAGUGGAGCGAGGAAAGUUCCAGCCAAGAGAGUUCCAGUGAUCAUGCACUCGACUCAAUUUCAGGAUUGUCUCAUAGCUUUGAUGUGAUUGCAAAGCUUGGCCAGGGAGGCUUUGGCUGCGUUUAUAAAGUAAAACAUAAAUAUGACGGCAAGAUCUACGCUGUAAAGAGGGUGAUCUUAACCAGGAAAGCUGAUUCUGAGGUGAAGGCACUGGCCCAUCUAGAUCACGCAAACAUAGUGCAUUACAUUACAUGCUGGCCAGCUUCUGACAACUGGAUGUCAAACCAAGAAAGAAACCAAGUGUCCAACACACCAGGUUCUUCAUCAGAUGUAGUGACCUUUGAGAGAGCCAGCAGUGGAGAGAGGGAUGAUGAUGAUGAUGAUGACACAUCAGAAAUGGAAAGUCUGGGUAUGAAAGGCAGCAGGACAUAUUUAUUUAUUCAGAUGGAGUUCUGUGAGGGAGGAACACUGACUGGUUGGAUACAGGCAAGAAAUGAUAUGGAAAAACAUAGAACCACAGUGGAAAUCCAUAAAAUAUUUUAUGAAAUUAUCACUGGAGUGGAAUACAUCCAUGCAAACAAGCUCAUCCACAGAGACUUGAAGCCUGAUAACAUACUGUUUGGUGCUGAUGGCAAAGUGAAGAUCGGAGACUUUGGGCUGGUGGCGGCUCAGACCGAUCAAAACGGUGACCCUAUAGAGAGGUCAAACAAAGGAACAACAACUUAUAUGAGUCCUGAACAGAAAAAUAAGAAGAAUUAUGAUGAAAAAACAGACAUAUUUCCCCUUGGACUCGUAUGGUUUGAGAUGAUCUGGGACAUAUCUACUGGUAGCGAGAGAGAGAAGCUGUGGCCAGAUCUAAGAAAUCAAAGGUUUCCAGAAGGGUUUAGUGAUUGGUAUCGAACUGAGUGUACAUUCAUCAAAAAGAUGCUGUCAUAUUCACCAGAGCACAGGCCACAUGCAAAAGACAUAAAAGAAAACCUUCUGAAGUUUUUCUCUCUGGGUCAGAGAGCGCCAAGAUCAAUCUCAGACAAAUAUGUGAACUAACUUUCAGAUUUCUACUAGAUUUCUUCUAAUGUAUUUUAAAUAUUUCACAAGUUUCAAAAGUUCAGUCAAAUUUUUUUCAUCAUAAAAAAACAUUAUUACAAUGUUAUGAGGUUACUUGCAGAAAUCCGAGUAAGAACGUAAUUUCACAACAUUUCUAUCAUGUUGGCUGCAUAAAAUUAAGAUGCAUUUGCAUCUUAGAUGUAAUUGCAACUAAAAUACAAUGUUUCUUGAAGUUACAGUUGUUUGGUUACAGUGUAAACAAACUACAAUCAAUAUGCAAUAUUGUAUAAAGUGAAAACAUUUUGUGCUGGCUGAGAAGAUUGCUCAAGCUGACUUUCUGCCAUCAGGCAUUUCUUGACAAAUAUACUCUGUAUGUUGGGUGGAAUAAAAAGAAAAAGAGAAAAUGUGUUAUAAAUAUCGACAGACAUAUUGGAUAAAAUAUUAAACUCACAUUUUGUAAGAAAUUAUGUUACUUUUCUUUCAGUAUCACAAUGACAAAACAACCAUAGGGUUACAUUUGAACAGUAUUUCAAUGCUUUAGUUUGAGAGGAUGUUACCAUUGUGCCUUGUAAAAUGAAA